GCACCUGGAUGUCCAAUCAGUGCUUCAGUAUGAUGAGAAACUGGAUCCACAGUCUGCAGUCAUCUUUGUGGAAAACAGAGCAGCACAGUCCGACAGUCGAGCCGCGUCCAUUGAUUUCCUUUUAAUGGAACAGUAGCUGGGAGGAAUAACUUAGAUUAAAUUAGAUUCACCUGUUACAAUGCAACCAUGUAUGAAAUCGGACGUGCCCCAUUGAUCAGCAUGGUGAAAAAAUAACAUUGAUCCAACAAGUACAGAGGCAGCAACAGAGCCUCGAUGUGAGUUUAACAACAGCAGGUGUGAGUUAAAACACAGGGUUUGUUACAAAGACCUGGUGAAUAUUUCUUACUAUUUUUUAAUAAUUUGAAGACAUUUUUCACUUAUUUAUUCAAUUGAAUGUUGUUGUUGUCCUCUAUUUAUCUAUAAUUAAUACCAAAGUAUGUGGUUCUCUCCAGGAAACUUCUUAUGAAUUUAAGGACCUGUAAAAUAAAGUGUUUUUUUUUUUUUAAGGUUAUUUUUUGGGGCUUUCUCGCCUUCACCUACACAGGACUAAACUGAAUAUUUUUACGUUUUGAGCUGUUUGUUUAACAAAUAAACAACAUGAGGAUGUUAACUGAGCUGUGCAGAGGUGAUAGUCUGCUAUUUCCUUAAAUAAUUAAUCAAGAAAAUAAUCGUUGGCUCAAAUAUUUGAGUAAAUGUACUGCAUCCCCUUAGAAGCAGGUUAUUGUACAGAUUAUAAUCCAACCUCAGUGCACCAGCUGUAUGAACGUAAAGGAUCAGACCAGUUCAGGGUCCUUUGGGUUCAACCAGAAAUAGGCGACAAACAAUUGAAUAUUCUGCAACCUAUUUUACCUCUGAUGACUCUCAGGACCUGACAGUCCAGUCCACUCACACUGCUGCGAGGGAAAUGGCAACAGAGCGCUGCAACAGUAUUGAUCGUUUCUGUCUUUCACAGGCUAUAAGUUGGAAACAACUAGGAGCUGGUCGGGAUUAUUAGUUUUCAUCCAGUGGAGACUGAAAUCUCUCCCAGUGUGAAACACUUACUUUUUUAAAAAGAGGAUAAAGAAGAUAAAAGAUGUGCUGAUUCAGUUCAACAGCAGCAGCAGCAAAACUGCAAAAGGCCUUUAAUGUUACAUUUCAUAUCCAAGAUGAAAGCAGAGCUAAAGUGAAAACAUGGGAGACUGGAACUUCCUUGGAGGGAUCUUGGAGGAGGUGCAUAUCCACUCCACCAUGGUCGGUAAGAUCUGGCUGACCAUCCUCUUCAUAUUCCGGAUGUUGGUGCUGGGCGUCGCCGCGGAGGACGUGUGGAACGACGAGCAGUCGGACUUCAUCUGUAACACGGAUCAGCCCGGCUGCAGGAACGUCUGCUACGAUCAGGCCUUCCCCAUCUCCCUCAUCAGGUACUGGGUGCUGCAGGUGAUCUUUGUGUCCUCGCCCUCCCUGGUGUACAUGGGUCACGCCAUCUACCAGCUCCGGGCCCUGGAGAAAGAACGCCACUGCAAGAAGGUGGCCCUGCGCCGGGAGCUAGAGGCGGUGGACGUGGAGCUGGCGGAGGUGAGGAGGAGGAUCGAGAAGGAGAUGAGGCAGCUGGAGCAGGGGAAGCUCAACAAGGCGCCGCUGAGAGGCUCGCUGUUGUGCACGUACGUGGCUCACAUUGUUACUCGCUCUGUGGUGGAGGUCAGCUUCAUGAUGGGUCAGUUCAUCCUGUACGGACACCGCCUGAGCACUCUUUACAAGUGUGAGAGGGAGCCGUGCCCAAACGUGGUGGACUGCUUUGUCUCCAGGCCCACAGAGAAAACCGUUUUCAUGAUGUUCAUGCAAGCGAUCGCCUGCAUCUCCCUGUUUCUCAGCCUCCUGGAGAUCAUGCACCUGGGCUACAAGAAGCUCAAGAAGGGCAUCCUGGACUACUACCCACAUCUGAAGGACGACCUUGAUGAUUAUUACGGCAACAAGUCAAAAAAGAACUCAGUGGUGCAUCAGGUUUGCACGGGCACGUCUGUAGGACGUAAGACUACGAUCCCCACAGCUCCAAGUGGAUACCUGUUGCUGUUAGAGAAGCAGGGCAACGGGCCUAACUACCCUCUCCUCAGUGCCUCCUCUGCCUUCAUGCCAAUACAAGGGGACCCUGGUGCAAAACCAGACAGCCGCAAGGACGGCAAGGAGGGAGUGCCGAGCCCCACGGAGCAGAACAGCAACUCCAACAACACCAGCAGCGAGACACGUUCACCUCCUGCUGACAAACAGGAAGAACCAGAGGACCGGUCCUCGCCCCAUCACGAGGACCUGGAGUGCAAGAGCUCCGAGUACCCCACCCUCCCUGUGGCAGACACCUCCUCCUGUGCCGCACUGUCAGGGAUGGCGAGGAAGUCUCGGAGGGUCACCCCACCGUGGAACUGCUCCACGGUGGUGGAGGGGAACGGCUCGGACAGCGGAGACUCCUACCACGGGAACAACACCAACAGCAUGAAGCUACGCAGCAGCUGCGUGGGGCCCAGAGCCAGGGUGCUCUCCAAGUCAGACAUCAAGAGGCCGAGCAGAACCCAGAGCCCGGACUCUGCGGGGGAGCUGAGCUCUGUAUCUCGACACAGCCGUGAGAGCAACAGCCCCACCGUCUCCUCCCCGAACCGCAGGGUGUCAGUGGCGAGCAGUGCCAGCAGCAGACGAGCUGCGACCGACCUGCAGAUAUAGACUGCUAAGAUAAGACAAUCUGCAACCCAACAUCUAUUCUCGGUCAGUUACGGGCGUUCAGAUGGACUUUUAAUGAUCUGGCUGUGUGGGACAGCUCUGUCUGAAUGAUUAGAGGGGGAAUGGAAAACUGCACCACAGAUCUAUAAUGUUGUUUUAGGUCAUUACUCUUAUGCAACCGGGUACUUUUAGAUCAGUAACACUGAAUUAAUGCAGCUCCUGUUCCAACACGUUUGAGAGAACUUCAGCAGGAACAUUAGACAUUAAAAAAAACAUGAUUAAAACUAGAAUUACCACCUCGCCUUGUAUACCUCUGCCAACAAGUCCAGUUACAGUUAAUUCACUUUUAAUUCUUGAGGUCACAGUGACCUUGACCUUUGACCUUUUGACCUCCAAAAUCUAAUCCACUCAUUUUUGAGUCCAAGUGAAAGUUUGUGCCAAAUUUCGUAGGGAUUCCCUCAGGGCGUUCCUGAGAUAUCGUCUUCACGAGGCCAAAAAUAUGUUAUGUCACAGUGACCUUGACCUUUGACCCCCAAAAUCAAAUCAGUGAUAUCACGUCAACGAGAAAAGGACAAAACGUAAAAAAACAUCAUGCCCCUGGUCAUGGCUGUCACCAGAGUGGAGGCAUCUAUCAGACUAAUUCCCAUUAGGCACACAAGCAGCGACUUCUGAAUUUUUG